GGCGGCUCGGGGCUCGGCGCGGGGGACGCGGCGCGCGGGACUCGCCCUGCAGUUUCAGGUCCUGGAAAUCUUGGUGGGGACCCAGGAAUCUGUAUUCUCACACUCUCACCAGGGAUUGAGAGAGAAGAGAGGUUGGAGUAAUCAGGUGUUAGGAGAGAAUGUCAACAGACAGAGAGGAAAAUAAUCCUUUCUGCCUUCACAGCGCUCCUCCCAGAGGUGGGGAACAAAACGUGACGGAAAUAGAUGCCUUCUAUAGAAGUGAAGUACUCGACCCAGCAGAAAAGUACAAGAUGGACCACAAGAGGAGAGGAACUGCCCUGAUCUUCAACCACGAGAGGUUCUUCUGGCACUUGACACUCCCAGAUAGGCGAGGCACCAGCGCCGACAGGGACAACCUGAGCCGCAGGUUUUCAGAUCUAGGAUUUGACGUGAAAUGCUUUAAUGAUCUCAAAGCACAAGAACUACUGAACAAAAUUCACGAGGUGUCGACCUCGAGCCAUGCAGACGCCGAUUGCUUUCUGUGCGUCUUCCUGAGCCACGGUGAAGGCAAUCACAUUUAUGCAUACGACGCCAAAAUUGAAAUUCAGACACUGACCGGUUUGUUCAAAGGAGACAAGUGUCAAAGCCUAGUUGGGAAACCCAAGAUAUUUAUCAUUCAGGCAUGCCGGGGGAGCCAGCAUGAUGUCCCAGUGGUCCCCUUGGAUGUGGUGGAUCACCAGACAGAGAAGCUGGACAACAACGUGACAGAGGUGGACGCGGCCUCUGUGUACACACUGCCUGCUGGAGCUGACUUCCUCAUGUGUUACUCUGUUGCAGAAGGCUAUUAUUCUCAUCGAGAAACUGUGAAUGGCUCGUGGUACAUUCAAGAUUUAUGUGAGAUGUUGAGAAAGUAUGGUUCCUCCUUGGAGUUCACAGAACUGCUCACCCUGGUGAACAGGAAGGUUUCUCAGCGCCGAGUGGACUUCUGCAAGGACCCCAGUGCUAUUGGCAAGAAGCAGGUCCCCUGCUUUGCCUCCAUGCUAACGAAAAAGCUGCAUUUCUGUCCCAAAUCUACUAACUAGGACCAUUCUGUCUUAGCUAGGCAGUAUCAUAUACAUUUCCUUCCUUAUCUAACUGUCACUAGGUUGUAGCAUUUGGUCCAGCAAUUUUAAUGGUUCAGGGUUUGAUGGCCAGUAGAGAAGUGCUGUUUUAUGUUUGCUUGGUUUUUUUUUUUUUCUUUUAAUCAUGUUGAACAUGGUAAAAAGGCUUAAAAAGAAAUUACAAUACAUAAACAUAAGCAUUUGGUAAGAAAGAUUUUUAGUAAACUACAAGAUUACCCAAUAUAUCUGGCUAAUCUGACUUGUAUUUUGUACCACCUUUUAUACAAAUUUAUUAGAUGAUG